ACUGCCUGGUUAAUUAUUUGGCCCUGGUACUUCACUAUCAUCUGACUCCCAAUUACAUAUUCCUUCAGGAAGAGGUCGGAGCCGUGGAUUGACGACUUUCGAACAAGAAUUCGUUCGUCAAUCAGCCACCGCCGCAGUUCUCGGUACUGCAUCGUCUGGACUGUUCUUGAUGUAGCAGAGCAACGCCGUUGCGGAACUUUAGCAGCACGACGGCCGUGGCGAUGUUCCUAGGUGAGAACGUGUGUCGCGACCUGCCGCUGCACUUCUUCCUGGAGCGCUAUAUGGAUUAUGUGGCGGAGAUGGAGGCGUUCAUUCGUGUGUGUACCACGGGCGGUCCAGUUCCUGUGGGCGGAGACGCUGGGCGUGAGGCCUUAUUGCUGGGUCUGGCUGCGACAGAUUCUUCCCGGUGUUCUCGUCAGCACGGAACUUGAGAUGAUCGGGGAUCGCUAUCAAAUGUGAGGCCCCUUGUCACGUGAACAGAUAUACCACGACCUGGGCGCAAGUAACGAAACAAGCGUAUAGUCAACAUGGAUGCGCACCUGAAGAUGCAGAGCCUGCACAAACGGCACCAACUUCGCCUAAGUGUGCGAAUUAUCGCCGCUGUGUGGAAAACGUUCAGGCCAGGCGGAGCUUAAGGUUAUCACUCGUCGGGUAGCUAUUGAAAAUACAGAUAAUGUCGUUGCAAAAG